AUGCCGUGCAUCUCCCUUCCCUUUCGAAAACGUCCUAAUCCCAAAGACCCUUCUGCAGGUUUCCCAAAAGCCCACAAGUAUGACGGCCCGCUCCAGGAAGGCUCACAAGGCUGCGUGGAGCAAUGGACGCAUAUCCCAACCAACACCGUUAUUGCAGUAAAGGUAAUGGCCCGUACCCACCCACCUUCCCCUGAGAUCAAAAUCCUCAGCAAGUUGCCUUCCCACGACUGCAUUGUGAGAUACCUCGGCCACUACGAGAAAGUACCAUCUCCAACUCAAGUAUCGAUCCUCCUCGAACACUGUUCCGUCGGAGACCUCUACAUGCUCCGAAGCCUAAGUAUCGAUCAACACAAACCCACCUUCUCCGAGCCCUUCAUGUGGUCCACCUACACCCAACUCCUCAGCGCUCUCGCCUUCCUCCACCACGGCAUCUCCCCCACGCACCCCUCGGGCCGCCACCCCUGGACACCCAUCGUCCACCGGGACUUGAAAUUCGAAAAUAUCCUCGUCAAAUCCAUCGGUUCCGCCCCGGACUGGUCGUCUCUCGACAUCAAACUCGCAGACUUCGGUAUGGCAGGCUACCACAACCCGGCGCACCCAAAUCCCUCUGGUUACAUCGGCACAACGUACUACUGGCCGCCCGAGGUGACGUGGGAAACGAAACAGCUUUCACCGGCCAGCGACGUCUGGGGUAUCGCAGCCAUAAUGCACGAGCUAGCGCAUAACUUCCCACCGAUCGUCGAUCCCGCAGUCGUAGAAGCGCAAUGGUUCAAAACUAACACCGACACUCCCUUCUUAACCGCAUACUCAGACUCGCAAAAAAAGAACUACUGGGCCGCCAAGGCACCUCGACGCGUUACCCCGAUUAACCUUGACCCUCUCGCCGACGUACCAAGUUUGCGCGACCCGGAGUUGGGAGGGGAAGAUAAAACGGCGCUUUGGUUUCGGCGGCGGAGACCGAGUCCGAAGUAUUCGAAUCGGUUGAAUGAGUGUGUGCUGAAGGGUUUGGAGACGGUGGAGCGGCGGGCAAGUGCGGGCGUGUUGUUGGGGGUGGUGCAGGAAGGGUAUAAGGAGGUUUUGGGAGAGAGGCUGAGGGAGCGGAGGAUGGAGAGGAACUGA